AUGAGGCUCCAGCUGGAGAAGCAGCUCCUCUUCCUCUCCCUCCUCUGCAUCCUCUCCAAGGUGUGUGCCCAGCUGUGCCGGAGACCAUGCUACUGCCCCUGGGUGCCACCCCGCUGCCCCCGCGGGUCCCCCCUGGUCCUGGAUGGCUGUGGCUGCUGCAAGAUCUGUGCCCGGCGCCUGGGGGAGCCCUGUGACUUCCUCCACGUCUGCGACCAGAGCCAGGGCCUCGUCUGUGACUACAGCACAGCACCUGCCGGGACAGGAGGCACCUGCAACUUCGAGGAUGACGAGGAGGGCUGUGAGGUGAACGGCCGGGUCUACCGAGACGGAGAAGUUUUCCAGCCCAGCUGCAAACUCCAGUGCCGCUGCCUGGACGGGGGGUUCACCUGCAUCCCACUGUGCCAGGAGGACGUGCGGCUGCCCACCCCGGACUGCCCCUACCCACGGCGCGUGGAGAUCCCCGGCAAGUGCUGCCCUGAGUGGAUCUGCGAAGCCCACGACCAGCACCUCCUCCGGGACGCCAGGGCAGCCCCCAGGCCAGUGUCCCCAGUGCUGCCAUACCCCUGCCAGGAGUGGGGCACAGAGUGGAGCGCCUGCUCGGCCAGCUGUGGCGUGGGCUUUGCCACCCGCGUGUCCAACCAGAACCGCUACUGCCGGCUGGAGACCCAGAGGCGGCUCUGCAUGCUCAGACCCUGCCCCGCCCUGCCCGCAGCGUUCCCGGCGAGGGCAAGAGGAGGUCGUUUGUAGCUGUGCCCACCCUGGUUUCAUCCCGGAGCCAAUGCCUCAUCCCGGCAAAGAGUCUGGCACAAACCUAUGGCAUUGUGGUUUUGGUGAAGAUGGAGAAACUAGAGAAGUUUCCAUCAGGAAACUAGAGAAGAACUGAUGGACUUUGGCUGCAAAGGAGGCUGGAAAUAGAGAACAAGACCCCCCUCUCACUUGGCACUUGCCUCCUCUGUGCACCCAGCUGCCCCAGGCAGGAUUGGUGGGCAGCAUUCCCGAAUUUCUUAGGCUGAAUGAAAUGGGAAAUGGGAAAACCCUGCCCCAAGCAUGAACCCACCCAAGAAGCCAGGAAUCACUCUUCUCCUGGAUCAGUGGAGCUCCUGGAAAGGUGAUGCUGCUCCUCCACCACAUCGUGCAGCUCUGCUCUGAAAGGACUGCAAGACAGGCCAUCUCCAGCACCUGGAAGCCCAAAUCCCUGGAGGGAACCCUCAUGCCCUGGCCCCCCAGGGAAGGAGCAGGUACAUCAGACUGCACCCCACAGGUCAUGCCGUGCCAGGCUGAGCCACUCCAUCGUGCAGGAGCUCAGCCAGCCCACGAUACCCACCCCGCCACCAGCAGCUCCUUC